AUGUUUCUUUCAAUCUAUCUAUCUAUCUAUCUGAACCUGUUCCUAUCUAUCUAUCUAUCUAUCUAUCUAUCUAUCUAUCUAUCUAUCUAUCUAUCUAUUACAUCAGUUUAUAUCUAUCUAUCUCUCUGUCUAUCUAUCACAGUCAGUUUCUAUCUAUCUAUCUAUCUAUCUAUCUAUCUAUCUAUCUAUCUAUCUAUCUAUCUAUCUAUCACAGUCCAUUUCUAUCUAUCUAUCUAUCUAUCUAUCUAUCUAUCUAUCUAUCUAUCUGAACCUGUUCCUAUCUAUCUAUCUAUCUAUCUAUCUAUCUAUCUAUCUAUCUAUCUAUCUAUCUAUGACAGUCUGUUUAUAUCUAUCUAUCAUAGUCUGAUUAUAUUUAUCUAUCACUGUCUCUAUCUAUCUAUCUAUCUAUCUAUCUAUUUUGUCAAUCUCGCUCUCUAUCUACCUAUACCAUCUGUUUAUAUUUAUCCCUCACUGUCUGUUUAUAUCUAUCACCGUCUGUUUAUAUCUAUCUAUCUAUCUGAACCUGUUCCUAUCUAUCUAUCUAUCUAUCUAUCUAUCUAUCUAUCUAUCACAGGUUCUAUCUAUCUAUCUAUCUAUCUAUCUAUCUAUCUAUCUAUCUAUCUAUCUAUCUAUCACAGUCCAUUUCUUUUUAUCGCCAUUUUCCAGUCGUAA